AUGUUACGGCUCGGCGACCUCACGGAAAAGAUCUGUCCGCGUCGCGUCUUCAUCACCGCCACGUUGCCUCCGUCCCGCGAGGCCGACUUCAAGCGGGCAUACAAGAUCGGGCCUGAUCCCACCGUCAUCAGAACAACGACGAACCGCCCAAACAUCUCGUACCGCCACCUCCUGGUCGAAGAAGAGAGCGAGUUGCUUUUCAUUGCGGCAACAGAUUUCGGGAGUCCCUGCUUCGAGUACUCAGCCACACACAUCUAG